UCGAAGGGAAAAAGUGCGCGAACACGGACACGUUCGGCCAGCGACGGCAUCUGGUCUUCUUCUCGUCUCUCCCUCCCCCCCCUGCCCUGCCCUUCGUUGUGGAUUUAUCCUCCGUGAUAUUCGGCGAAAGGAAAUAAUCCGCGAGUCCUCUGAGUGUGACGAAAGAAACGGAAACGGGCAAACCGAUCGCCGCGAUAAGGCGGAUCGAAAAGUGGGGAAACCAGUGUGUGUGAAGUGUUCGAGGUUACUUGCUUAUACUGUGGGAAAAUACAGCCGCUACGGUGGCUCAGCACGCAGAGUUCCCCGGCGCGGCCAGGGCGUUCAUGGCGCAGCCAAGGUAUGACGACGGAGGGCUGCACUCGAGUUAUCUCGAGGGCGGAGGUGGAGGAGGUGGUGCAGGGCUGUACGAUCCACACGGGAGCGCCCGGGGUGUUCCCGGCCUCCAUCACAGUCCACACCUCGGGGGUAUGGGGCCUGCACACCCUCAGUAUCCACCGCCCCCACCACAGCCACCCCAACACGUUCUCGCGGCGGCGGCCGCGGCUGCAGCAUCCGCGGUACCCGAUGUCCACAAACGAGACAAGGACGCGAUCUACGGACACCCCCUGUUCCCGCUUCUCGCGCUGAUCUUCGAGAAGUGCGAGUUGGCGACGUGUACGCCGCGCGAACCUGGCGUAGCGGGUGGUGACGUGUGCUCGUCAGAAAGCUUCAACGAGGACAUCGCUGUCUUCUCCAAACAGAUCAGACAGGAGAAACCUUACUACAUCGCCGAUCCGGAGGUGGACUCGCUGAUGGUACAAGCGAUCCAGGUCCUCCGGUUUCACCUCCUCGAGCUAGAAAAGGUGCACGAAUUGUGCGACAACUUCUGCCACCGGUACAUCAGCUGCUUGAAAGGGAAAAUGCCUAUAGACCUAGUGAUCGACGACAGAGAGAGCUCGAAACCGCCCGAGAUGGGGAACGGUUUGGACGGUGGCGGGCCGAGGAGCACCGCGGACAGCACCAGCCACACGGACGGAGCCAGCACGCCGGACGUCAGGCCACCCUCCUCGUCGCUGUCGUACCCUGGCGCGGGUGGUAACGAGGACGCGCGCAGCCCCGGAAGCGGGGGCACCCCUGGACCCCUCAGCGCACAGGCGCCCGCCAGUUUGGACUCCUCGGAUCCCGGUAAAUGGUGUCCGCGUAGGGAAUGGAGUUCGCCGCCGGACGCGCAACGAGCGGCGAGCGAUGCGCGUCGUGGCGUUCUUUACUCUUCCGUCUUCCUCGGUAGCCCCGGUGACGCGAGUAACGCGAGUAUCGGAAGCGGCGAGGGUACCGGCGAGGAAGACGACGACUCGUCGGGUAAGAAGAAUCAGAAGAAGAGGGGUAUCUUCCCCAAAGUGGCGACCAACAUCCUCAGGGCGUGGCUGUUUCAACACCUCACGCAUCCGUACCCCUCGGAAGACCAGAAGAAGCAAUUGGCUCAAGACACGGGGUUGACGAUCCUUCAAGUUAAUAACUGGUUCAUCAACGCGAGGCGUAGAAUCGUCCAGCCUAUGAUCGACCAGAGUAAUCGAGCCGUGUUUCCGCCAUUGUCCGCAGGUCCUAGCGGGGCGUACAGUCCCGACCCGACGAUGGGCUACAUGAUGGACGGACAGGCGGCGAGCAUGAUGCACCGGCCGCCCGGUGAUCCCACCUUCCACAAUCAGUACCAUUACCCGGAGUACUAUGGACAUCACUUAUAAAGCAGUAGUCGCAAAUGAAGGUAGACGAUGGAAUGACGGUUCUUGCGGAACGGGAAACGUAGCAGCGUGACGGAAGCGCAGCGUGCUCCGGUUGGCGUUAGAGCGGCAAGGUGCAACGGGGGCAACGAUUCGCGUCGCCUUCGGCUCGUGAUCGACGCGAAACAGGCGAAGAGGAGGAGGAGGAGGAAGGUGAAAGGGCGAAGGUAAUAAACGAAGAAUUCUGUGGACCAGAUAGAUCCUCGGCGAACGAUGGAGGAUGAAUCGGGAAAGGCGAGCGACAACGAAGAAAAUCGUUAAUUGGAACAUUGGUUGGUUUCUUUCGUUCUCGUCUUCUUUGCUUUCCUUUCCCCAUCCCUGUUGUCCUUCCUUUCUUAGAUUAAUCAAAGUAUAGCGAAAUAUAUUUUCUCGUAUCUUGUUACUUUAUAGAUAUAUAUUUAUAUAGAUAGAGAGAAAAAGAAAUUUAAUAACGGUAAUUCUUCUUUCCUUCGUUCUUCUUUUAUCACUUCGCCCGGCUUGAUCGAUUAAAAUAUCCUAGGAAGAAAAAAAAUUAGAAAUUAUUUCGAAAUCGUUUGCAAAAUUUGCACGAGCUUUCUAAUUUCUUUACGAAGAGUAAAAGAAAAGUCGCGUGAAAUUUUUCCGAAAAAUGAAGAAACGACAAAUAGGUAUUUUAACUUUUAAGAGGGGGCAGUGAAUAAAAUUUAUAGAAAUUAUAAUAAAUAAAUGUUCAUCUCUUGUUUAAGCGUUAAUUUCGUUCCGUUUUUUUUUUUUUUUCUUUCUUUCUUUCUAUUCGCUUCGAUUCGAGACGAAUUGGCCCGUUGAAUCCCUUCGAUUUCACCAUCGAAAAGAGAAGAAGCUCGUUGGCUCGAUUUUUGCAUCGAAAUGGGGAAGAGGGGAGGAGGGGGUGAAACUCUCGAGGAUCGUAAUCGAACGACGCCGCAUCGACGUGGCUCGAGCAAGGGGGAGGGGAAGAAGAUCGGAAACCAACGAGUUCUCGAGUAUUGCCAACGAUGCAAGAUCGACUGUAUCUUCGUUGAAAUUUUCUCGUUCUCUCCCGAGAGAGAACAAGGUUGGAAAAAACGAGAUGGAAUUUCUUGCGGAGGAUGCCACCCCGGCGAAACUGUCGAUCGGUGCUCGAGAAUCGAUCCGAAGUUCCGCAGGGGUCCUCGGAAACGAUGCAGCUCGUGAAUGUAAUCGUCGUGUACAUUCGCGUGGAACGAGUCUUGGAAACUAUCCUCGAAUCUUAUCGUCUAAUAAAAGAUCGCGAAGAUGCGAUGGGCCACUUCGAUCUCUCACUUUCCCUCCACUUCUCGUUUCCUUAUGUUAACCAUACCUCGUCCCCUUCUCCAACAAUUCGAAAGCCUCGCUUCCAUUCCCUAAAGAUUAAAGAAAAAACGUUAUUAACAAAAAUUCUCGAACGAAUUUAAGAGAAACGGGGAAGCAGAGCGAAGGGAACCGCGCGAAAAUUCAAAAUCACUUGACCCGAUUAUCUUUCAACGAUCGAAUAGAACAUUCAAACAAAAAAAAAGGGGGGAUUAAAGAACAAAAAAAAAAAAAAAAGAAAUGAGAGAGGCUUCGAAGAAAAAAAAAAUAAAAGGGAAACGAGUGAAACGUAGAGCAAAACGAGACAAAUUUUAUCGAUAUUUUCAAUACGCCCGCAUACACGCAAAAAUCUUGUAUAAAAAUUUUAAUGUAAACACACUGCUCUUGCCGUGAACCGUGGCGUUAAGAGGAAGAAAGUGAGACAGAGAGAGAGAGAGACAGAGAGAAAGAAAGAAUCGAUGGUAUUAUUUUCUGUUCGUUCACUCUCAAAGGGAAAAUCGUUCGAGUAUCGAUCGAGAAAUCGUUUCUUCCGCGAAACGAUGACUCGAUUCUUUCCUCGGCGCCACGGUGUAGCGGCGUAUUAGUAUACUGAAAAAAAAAAAAAAACGAUAACCCACGUAUACCGAAAGACUCAGGUGCGAGAGAAGUCAGUUAUAAGGUCCUAGUUAAAUUUGGAGAAAAUUCCCGACACUCGUCGAGAUCCCAUCGCGACCGAUUUCCUGAUCGGUGAGCGAGCACGCGUGCGUUGCUCCUCUUCACGAGAGCGCUGCGAUCGAUCGUGCGAUCCUCCGUCCUUGAAAAUAUCGAAUUUUCCGAAAGACUCGAGUUCCGGAUCUCGCUCGAAAAGCGAAAAAAUGUAAAAAAGAAAAAAAAUAAGGGGAAAGAAAAGGAAAAAUAGAAAAAUGGACGAACGAAAAAAUAUUUUAUUUAACACCCCUCUAGGUUGAAAUUUCUCAAACGACCUGGUUACCUGGAUAUACACGGUAUACGAGAGAGAGAGAGAGAGAGAGAAGAGAAAAGAAGAAAAAAAGAAAAAAAAGAAGAGAAAUAGUAGAAUCUCGCGCGCGCGUUCGAAAUCGUCCCGGGGGCUACGACGCGUUUUUUAACGUUUUAACGCGACCGAGUUUUACCAAUGCUUUUUAGUCAAGCGUUUUUACACGGGGACCCAGAAUUUUUACCAGAAGUUUUACCGAAUGAACCAAUUGAAUCUCGUUCCCAGAAAACUGGUUUUUUAUCAGAAACGUCGAUGUAAACGUAUACACAUGUAUA